AUCUCCUGGGAAGCCCCCACGGAGAAGAAAGCUGAGUGCAUCCAGAAGGGGAAGAACAACCAGACCGACUGCUUCAACUACGUGAGGUUCCUGCAGAGCUACAACAGCUCCCACCUCUACGCCUGCGGCACCUACGCCUUCCAGCCCAAGUGCACCUACAUCGAAUUGUCCGGCUUCACCCUGGACCAAGUGGCUUUCGAGGACGGGAAGGGGAAGUGUCCGUACGACCCCACCAAGGGCCACACCGGCCUCAUCGUGGACGGGGAGCUCUACUCGGCCACCUUCAACAACUUCUUGGGCACGGAGCCCGUCAUCCUCCGCAACCUGGGCCCCCACUACUCCAUGAAGACGGAAUAUCUCACCUCCUGGCUCAACGAGCCCCACUUCGUGGCUUCGGCGUACGUGCAGGAGAGCGCGGCCAGCAGCACGGGGGAUGAUGACAAGGUUUACUUCUUCUUCAGCGAGCGGGCGGUGGAGUACGACUGCUACGCCGAGCAAGUGGUGGCCCGGGUGGCCCGUGUCUGCAAGGUAACGGGGAGAAGAUGGGGCAACCCAUGGAUGGGGACACCAUCGUGUCCUCCCCACCCCGUAGCUUCUCGCUGGUGGCCUUGUCUUGGAGAGAUGGGGAGGGACUUCACGUCAAGGAGUCGAUAG